AACCUAAUUUAAACCUUAUAUACGAUUGGAAAAAUCUCAGUGAGCCUCCUUGCUUUUCCUUUAGAUAGAGAAAUGGGGUCGACCUUGGAAGCAAAGAGUUUGAGAAAGGCGGUGGUGCCAUCAGCACUCCUAGAUAACCCGUCUCCUGGAAGCCUCCAGUCGACUCGCCUUGCUCUCCAUGUGAACGAGGAUGCCUUCUCUUGUUGGGUUUACAUUGCAUCCGGCUGCAACAUCUACAAACUUCAAAUUCCAUUGGAAGAUUCUUGGCUCAGCACAGGGAAAGAAGGCCUCCUUAUUCCCGAGCGAACAAAGGUUAUGAAUUCUUUGUUACUCAAACGGUGCCCUCAUCGUUCAGAAAUCCAGAGUAUUGUACUUGCCGAAACUGAAAGCGCUGCUUACUUAGUAUUGGCUAGUGUAGAUGCUUAUGGUCAUCUUAUUGUCUCUAAACUGGAUGCCAGUGGUAAAGAUGUUGACAAGGUUACAUAUUCAGUGUUACCUCGGGAUUUUGGUGUCGGAGAAGGUAGUUGGUCUGGGGUUUGCUUCAGUCCAAUUCAAUGGUCCAUGGCAGCUGUGGCACAAAGCUUCUGCAAAAGUGUUGAUGUUUAUGACCAGGAUAUCCAUCUUCGGACCUUGCCUGCUUGUGAAUCAUUAUUGCGGAAAACUCAUAUCUACUUUCUUGAUCUAUAUGGUGGAUUGCCAACUUAUAAAGUCUGCUUCUGCACUCUCCCUGAUGGUCCCAUUGCAGUUUGUAGAAUGCUUUGGCAUCCAUCUUCAUUGAACUUCAUGCGGAAUUUAGGUAAUGGGGAUGAAAAUUCUAUACUAGCUGUAACUGAAGGUUGCCAGCUGUCUGUAUGGGACUUGAGAAUGAAAGAAAAUGGUGGUUGCCUAAAUCGUAUUUGUGGUUCUGUUGGAAAUACCUUAUAUGCUGUCUGCAGUUCUUCUAUCGGCUACAUUGCAGUGGCUGGUGCUGAUCGUACCGUGACAAUCUAUGAUCCCCGCAGAUGGUCUGCACUUUCAAGAUGGGUGCACUGUUCAAAAUAUGAGAUUACUGGACUUGCUUUCUCAUCUCUUGACUCGGAUUACCUUUACGUACAAGGAGUUGACUAUGAGGUCUUUUGUGGUCAGUGGCAAGAAAGCAGUAAGGUAUUCUCAUUUAGAGGAGACUCAAACUGGCUGGGGUUCAGUAAGUGCUCUAACAGGGAUAUACUUGGCGGAUGGUGUGAUUCGGGUAGCAUCUUUGUUGCCGACGUUGUAGCUAAAAGAGAGUGAAAGAGGCACCUUGAGAAGUGUUGUUAUCACAAUUUUCCUAGUGGCGAUUCAUUGGCCUGGUUUUGCCAAUGUCAAGCCGUGCUUUUAAUGUCAAUCCUGAUUAUCUUGGUGGCCAUCCCCCCUAAAGUAGCAUCAGUUGAGGUUUGAAGCUAGACUAUGCAUGAGUUUUGUGCAAUUCAGCCAAUAGUUCAUUGUAAGGUAUGUUACAUACAACCUACACAUAAAUUAUUGAUUUUACAGUAAUACAUUCAGUAAAAGGUGAAGUUGGUUUUUUCCC